GGCCCCGGCAGCCGCCGGGACGGGAGGCGCCAUCGAACCCCGAGGGGACACAACGGAAAAGUUUAAAGCAUGCAACUAGUACUUUAGGAAAUGGAAGAACAUCCAAUAGUUGCUGUGAAGUUGUAAGAAAAGUCAGGAGCGGAACAGCCGUCUGCAUCCUCGGAAAGGAUGGACCCAGCAGAGGAGCCUCUGGUUUCAGGCACAGUACAGUCAGAGAAGAGCUCUGAGCAGCAGGAACAGGCUGGAGAAGGACUAGAAAACAUGAUUGAGGAUAAUGAAACUCUUGAGAAGACUAGGGCUGGCUUUGAUGAAACUGUUCGGUCUGAGGAGAAACAUCUUGAUCAGGAACAUUUUCCUGGGGAGUCAGUUCAAAAGGAUUACCACAUGCCUGAUGUCAUAACAGUCAGAGUAGAAACAGAUUCGGAUUCAUUCCAAGAUGUAGUUGUAAAAAUUGAAAGACCUACUUAUCAGAAGCCAUUUCUGGGUGGAUUUAAGAACAGGAAAACAGGAGUGGAAUUUCAUAAUGCAGGAUCACAAACGAUACCCAAAAAAAUACCCGACAAAGGAAUUGAGAUAUUUUGUAGGGAAACACAGACAGUUUUUGAAAAAAAUAAGCUACAACAAACAAAUAAUACAACAUCAACACAGAUGACUAAACGUGGCCUGUAUGUGUCAAAUGCGACUGACAAACUAAUAAGUCCUGGAAAGUAUUUUACAGCAGAAGAAUACCAUAAACGUAGACUUGAAGCAGUAAUAGUAAUACAGAAGUAUUUCCGUCGUUGGCAUGCUAUAAAUGUUGUACAAUAUCUGAGGGAAAGAAAGAGGUUAUGGCUGGAAUGGGUGGAACAAGAAGAAAUACGGAAAAAAAGAGAAAAAGAAGAAAAGCUGAGAAGGGAGUACGAGCGAAAAAUGAACCCUAAAACAGCAGAUGAUUUUGAACUACUCUACCAUGAUUUAGAACUAUGGAAGCAGGAGGAGACUGAACGGAUUAACAGAACCCUUACUGGAGCUGAAAGAAAGGCAGCGUUUUGUGGACUUCUGGAAGAAGAGGCAAACCUGAUUGCUUUAUUUGGGAGAAAGAAGCUAGAUGCACAUGAGGAGAAUCACCAAAAAGCAAUAUUUCAGUUUUUUUAUAAGUGUUCCCAGCCUAAGAGAUGGAAGGCAUAUGAUGGAAGAAUCACUGCAAUGGAUACACAGUACACGCUCCGGGCCAGAGAACUGUUUGAAAUCUAUCGCAACCUUACCAUGUACGGCCUCCCAAAAGAUGAGAGGACAGCUGUACUGUUAACAGUCAGAAGUACAGUGAAGGAACAUGAAUGUAAAUUAACACAAGAAAUUCUGGAAUUAAUUGACAGGGAAUUAGACCUUAUGUCAAGAGAGGUGAAAGAAUGCAACUUAGAAGGACUGAGGAAAAGAAUUUGUACAUUAUUUCUUCAAUACAUUAAAAUUCCGAAGGUUAACCCUGAAGUCACUAGGAUACUUAAGGUUCCACCAGACCCCUUAAAGCUUUAUAAAAAUGUUCACUUCUGUCAUGGUUGUGAGAAUUAUUUCCCAUCUACAGAGUUUCCCAUUCCUGCAAAUUCUCGCACCAUUGGCAAAUGUCGCUCGUGUUACAGGCUUGAAAACGAGGCUCACCAGAGAAAAGCUUUUUCGAAGUACAAACCUAUACUAGAAAAUCUCAGAAAGUCUGAAGUUGAUUAUGGAGAUGAUUCUAAAAUUGUUUUCUUAGUUCAGCUUCAUGAUCUGCACUAUAUCAUCGAGACUAUAUGGAACUGUCAGUCAGCUCUUAGUGCCUGCAGUGACAUCUAUGAUUUGGUUAUGAUCAGAUGGGAUAAGCAGCAAGAGUGGUCUCCAUGGAACACUAUUCUCCUUACUAAGGAUGAGGCAGAUGCACAUCUUAAACUGUGUAACCUUCAGGAGGCUUAUGAAGCUGCAUUUAUUCACAGAAUAAAAUAUAAACAUAUCCGGGCAAAAAACUACUUUGCUCAGAUUCCAGUGAUGGCAUCCUUUUUGCAUAAGAGUGACAAUCAGGCUAAUGCAAAUAGAUUUUUAAAGCAUUGCUCCUCGCAAAAGACAGCUGAGCAAUUUUAUGUUUCAGUGGAUACACUCCAAGCAUACCAUUUUCUCACUCUUCCUUCUUGCUGGAAUCGGCAGUGGAUAGAUUUACUGCAGAUUUCAAACCUGUCAACACCCAAAUGUGUGACACCAGCUCUCAAUACAUGUGAAAGAGCUAAACUGAGGGACGUGAUAAUAUGUAGCAGGGGAAGAAGAUAG